AUGUCAGGUAGUGUCUUUUCAGAGACGCUACAGGAGAUCACGAGCACGAAGCUCGAUGAGCUGUCCAAGCGCAGGGCCGCGUUCGAGGCUGCCAGGACAGCAAUCCCCAAGUAUCUUAGUCCAGAGCUGGACCCCAUUCACAGACUGAUACUCGUCAAGGACGGUGUCAAGAGAUGUUUCGGCCUCAAGACGAACGAGGAGGCGAGUGCCGAGGCUGGCACGCGUUUGGGCAGCAGUCUUGACCUCACGUUAUCAAACGCCGAACGCUUUAUUUCACUCGCUCGUCAUGACCCUUCAGUCUCCGAGAAUAUCAUCGCGGACCACGAGAAGGCACUGUUCCGUGAGCUUGAAGUGCAGUCACACAAGUAUCGCUACGCCGCUCUGUACGGCGAGCUUGUCACGGAGUGGCUGGCUAGCGACCAGAAGAUGGGACUCGGGACCAUUCGACAAAACGAGGGUGAUGAUGUUGAGAUGGUGGAUGUUGGCAGCGCCGCCAAGUUGAAGUCGAAAGAGGAGUGGGAGGGUAAGGUCUUUGAACGAGCUGAUGUCAAUGUGGAGAGCCUGAACCGGUACCUGGACGAUAUUUUCAUCUCAGACGGAGCCAUCGGCGAAGAAGCAGCCAAGGAAAAGCGAUUGGCACUCGAGAAGAUGAGAACUGCAGUAGCAGAUUUUGAGCGCGAGUUAUCUGAGCCGCGCCAAUUCAGGCACACCACUCUGAAAUGGGUGAUCGACGGUCUGGUGGCCUCUGACCUCGUGUCCAACGAGCAGCGUGAAGUGCUCAAAGACUUCAGGUCUAACAACGUCAUCCUGUCUGAGGUGGCUGACGUUCUUAACAUGCGCAUCUCUGCUCUCGAGUCGUGGAACUGGGACCCAUCGGGCGUCCCUAUCGAGCAACGUCGAAAGGUCAGCGGUGUCUUCAGCGUGCACAUACACGAAGAUCUGCUACAAGCCAUCUUUUUGCAGUACAUUGGCGUCAAAUGGUCCGUUUUCCUGAGAACGACAUUUACCACUUUUCAAAGCAGCCUGGCUUGGUCCAGUCUCACAGAUGACAUACCCCUUGCCGAGAAACGACGCCUCGAGUAUUAUGUCGGCCCGGUACGUCAACACCGCAGUCUACAAAAGUUACGCAAGAAAAGAUACCUGACCAACUACCACGUGGCCAAACUUCUGACCAGCCCCAUUGCUGCGGCCAAGCCAGCCGAUGGGGAGGUCGAGGCAAGCUACUGCCUCGAUAAUUGUGACACCGAGGAAGAAAUCGAAAAGAAGAUUGACACCCCAGUCGCUGCGAAGCAGCAACUGCUGCAUCUCCUCUCGACCGAGCUCGUCAUCAACACCCGGCUGUCCGGCGAGCUUACUGCGUUCCAUGCUGUUCUCGCCGAUUUCGAGACUUCGCUACCCCACGAAACCAUCCUUGCAGUUCUCAAGUAUCUCGGUAUCUCGCAAAUUUGGUGCAACUUCUUCCUGCGGUUUCUUCAGGUGCCUCUGAGGUGGAAUGAUGAGUUGUCAGCCCCCACAAAGGUUCAGCAGAGAGGCGUUCCCGCAUCGCACGUCCUCAGUGAUGUCUUUGGGGAGGCAGUCCUCUUCUGUCUGGACUAUUCCGUCAACCAGGCAGCACUGGGGCAAUUACUCUGGCGGUAUGGGGAGGACAUGUGGUUCUGGUCGCCAGAUCAUGCUACAGCUGUGACGGUUUGGACGGCCUUGGAGAAUUUUGUCUUCAUUACAGGCACUUCGCUCAACUACCAGAAGUGCGGCGCCGCUCGGGUCACGGGCAACGGUCUCCAAGGCAAGCCGCUCGACAAGGCACUGCCCGCUGGGCAAAUACGAUGGGGCUUCCUCGUAUUGUCUCCAGAGACAGGGCAGUUCGAGGUCGACACCAGCAUGAUCGACGUCCAUAUUGACGAGCUCCGUAAGCAGCUGAUGGAGAAGCAGCACAGCAUCCUGGCUUUCAUCCAGACCUGGAACACCUACGUCGGGACGUUCCUAACAAGCAACCUUGGAAAACCAUCCAACUGCUUCGGACAGGUCCAUGUGGAUGCGAUGCUUGCAGCACACCAGCACAUCCAGCGUCGCAUCUUUACAGGCAAGGGCAGUGGCGGUUUUGAGGCAACCUCGAGCAUUAUUGACUACCUCAAAACCUCCAUCACAGAGCGGUUUGGCAUCACCGACAUACCUGACGGGUACUUCUACUUCCCAACGGACCUGGGAGGUCUCGAACUCCAGUCACCGUUCAUCUCUUUGCUGUAUAAACGCGAUGCGGUCCUGGAUUCCCACGAAAGCCUGAUUCAGAAGAUGCUUGAAGCCGAGCGCAGCACCUACAACCGACUCAAGUCGCGUUUCGAAGCGGAGGUCCCAGAUACUCAGCCCAUGCAACUUUUUGGUCGCAAUAAUGACUCCAAGUGGAAGCCCGAGUCUCAACACGACCAACGAACAUUUAUGAGCUUUGAACAGUUCACGCAAUACCGUGAGGUGCUGUGCAUUAUGUUCGACAGGAUAGGUGAACCCUUUGACGUGUUCUCCGUCUUCAAUAAGCUCAUGGAGGAGCCGGAGGAUAGCGCGCUGAAUAUCGCGUCCUGUGGUUGGAUUUCCAAUGCGCUUGGCCAGAUACAACAAAGUGAACAUAGUGGUCCAAUAGGCGACUCUUGGGAAGCCAUGACACCGUAUUGGCAAUGGAUCGCCAAGAUGUAUGGGCCCGAGAUUGUUGAGAAGUUUGGGGGGUUCAACAUUGUUGAUCGUGGGUUGCUCCCUAUGGGGAUGGUCGGACUUUUUAGGGAGAAGAGAGUCACUUGGAAAGGCUGA